CUGUCAAGGGGUGUCUUUGUGUGCGUGUUCUGUGUGUGAAGUUUUGUGGGAAUCUCAGAACAGCUCAGAAAAUCAUCUCUCGCCGGCAAAAGAGAAUCUAGAAAUCCUCCAAAAUGCUCACAGAAGUCGAUGUGUUCAUCAGCAACUACACCCUCGUGGAUCCAGAGAUCUACCAGCUCUGGAUUGAGGGAUACACUUCCACUGAAGCUGUAAAUUUCCUGAAGCUAAAAGAAAGCGCCAGUUUCAUGGGCAUUCCCGUGGAAUUGGUCUGCUCAGACGUCCUGGAUCACUAUCGCACAUAUUCUUUGCUGGAGCGUUUCCUUCACAUGCCAGCCAAGCUAUCCGAACAGCCAUCAUUUCAGCUUGAGCCCCAAAGUCGGUCGCUUCUCAUUGAAAAAUACUAUUCACUGGAUGAUGCCGUUGCCCGUGAGAUUUUGGGGAAGAAAUUGUCAUCCAGAUACCGAAAAGAUCUCGAUGAAGUGGCCGAGAAGACGGGAGCGAAGCUCAAGUCUUGCCGCCGCCAGUUUGACAACGUGAAGAGGAUCUUCAAGACUGUGGAGGAAAUGCCAGGGAACAUGACCAACAACAUCAAGCAGCAGUUCAUGCUUCCCGACGACCUGGCCAGGAAGUACGCGGCCGUGGUGUUCAUUGCCUGCCUCAGAUUCGAAACCUCGAAGCGUCGACUUCAGUAUCUGGAUUUCCUGGAUUUCUUUGAGUGCUCUCAAGCUGUCAUGACCUUCUGGACGUACACGUACCAGCACUCGGGUCCUGAGUAUUACGACACGGAGAUGGAUAAGGAGUUCCUGCUGGACCUGCGAGAGUUGCGCUGCCUCGUGGAGAAAGAGAAGGAGAUCAAGCAUCUCGUGUGCAUAAGACUGCGACCCACGCUGCUAGAGCGAAACUACCAGGAGUUGGAUGUCAACUUCCGAUCUUACUGGCGGGCUCUCAUUACAAUCGCCUGCAAUCUGCAUCGCACGCGUGAGCUGAGAGGCCUGUUUCUGGAGCUAUCGGAGAAGCUCAUUGAUCCGUGGCGACAGAACAACUGGACCGUUGACCAGGUGAAACUCUUCCUGCCCGCCAUCACGCAGAGUGUGUUGGACUUGGAGGUCUCAAGGGACCAAGACAUUCGCUGCCUCUGGGAUCGCUACAUGCAAGUGAUCAGCACGUGCUUAAUACGAAUGUAUCAUACCUGACAGCGAAUGUAGAGAAUGGCAUUGGCGAUGACUUACUAAUUGCGAAGACUCUGUGUUUUCAUUGCCUCAAUUUUCGCACCACCUUCGCUGCCUUAGCAAUCGCAUGCGAUGUUGUGAUAGUUGG